AUGUUUGAGCAAGACAUCGACGCCCAAGCUGAUGUCGCCCAAUACAUCCGCAAGACCUUCGGCACGGCGCCAUUGAAAAGUAUUGUCGGAGACGAACUUACUCCUGGACUGGAUGUUCUUCCUGGAAAUGCUUCCAGCUCGGCAUGGGAUAGUUGGAUCAAGGAAAACUACCGACCUAACUACCAUCCAGUUGGCACUGUCAGUAUGCUUCCGAGGGAGAAGGGUGGAGCCGUCAGUCCUGAGCUCAGAGUCUACGGUACCAAGAAUGUCCGUGUCGUUGAUGCUUCGAUUGUGCCAUACCAAAUCUCCGGUCAUUUGACCAGCACUCUCUCUGCCAUUGCCGAGAAGGCCUCGGAUCUGAUCAAGGAGAGCUAUAACUAA